ACAGAAAUUGAAAAUUAAAAAACAAACAAGAGUCGAGCCUCAACAAUAACAAUAUAACAAGAACAAAAUCCGUACUAAAGCAUCUUCGUCUCUUUCAAUUAGGGUUUCUUCAGGCGAAAUUGUGGAUUUAAAUUAAUCGAAUUGAUCUCGUUUCGGGUUUCUUCGAAUUGCCAAUCGAGAGAACGCAUAUGAGAAAAGAGUGAUUCGAUUCGAUUCCUCGAGAUGGAGCAGUUUGUCAACUUCAUCAUUCGACCUCCAAGAGCUGAGUACGACCCUGAACAUGAUCUCUUGGAAAAGGAUUUCAUGAUGAAAGGCAGAUGGUAUCACAGGAAAGAUUUAGAGGUUAAAAACAGCAGAGGAGAUGUUCUCCAGUGUAGUCAUUACAUGCCUGUUGAACUCCCUGAAGGGAAGCCUUUGCCCUGUGUUAUAUAUUGCCAUGGAAACAGUGGAUGUAGAGCGGAUGGUAGUGAAGCCGCAGUUGUGUUGCUUCUUUCAAACAUCACAGUUUUCACCCUUGACUUUUCCGGAUCUGGUCUCUCUGGCGGGGAACAUGUCACCUUGGGCUGGAACGAAAAGGAUGAUCUGAAGGCUGUGGUUGAGUAUUUGCGGCAGGAUGGAAAUGUAUCCCUGAUUGGGUUAUGGGGGCGUUCGAUGGGUGCUGUUACUAGCUUGAUGUAUGGAGCUGAGGAUCCUUCCAUUGCAGGAAUGAUUCUAGACAGCCCCUUCUCCGAUUUGGUUGAUCUGAUGAUGGAACUUGUAGAUACUUAUAAAUUCCCUCUACCAAAGUUCACUGUGAAAUUUGCAAUACAAUUUAUGCGUAGAGCUAUUCAGAAAAAAGCCAAGUUUGAUAUAAUGGAUCUGAACACCAUCAAGGUUGUGUGUAACUAUGAUGUUUGUAACAAGCAGCAUUUUUUGCUUGUCAUGAUCAUGAUGCUGGUUGGUUGGUUUGUUUAUCUUCCAUUGCUGCAGGUGGCAAAAUCUAGUUUUGUUCCAGUUUUAUUUGGACAUGCCUUAAAUGAUGACUUUAUCCGCCCUCAUCAUUCAGAUCGUAUAUAUGAAGCCUACGUAGGAGACAAAAAUAUAGUAAAGUUUGAGGGAGACCAUAACUCACCAAGGCCUCAGUUCUUCAUUGAUUCGAUAAAUAUAUUUUUCCAUAACGUCCUUCAACCUCCAGAGGUGGUGGGGCCAACAUUAUAUGACCCAUUGGAUGAUUACUUUGCAAAGGGCGGUUGGAGUAGUAUGCAUGACACAACUAUUCCAGAAUCCUCAAUGCAGAAAAGUUUAGCCUCGAGUAGCAGCAUCUCUGACGCAAUUAAUGAAGUCCGUACAAAAAGACCGAUGAGUCGCACAGAUGUUCCUUCGAAUGUUACAUCUAGCGGUUCUGCAUCAGAAACUAAGGAAAAAGAGAAUCAUGAUGGUCGUGACAGUUCAUCAUCUCCUGAUAUGAUAAGCUUUGAUUUGUUAAACGGCGAUGAAGAUGUAGAAUAUCACUUGGAGGACAUCCCAUCUAAUGCAGAGGAAGAAGAAAGGAUGCUUAUGAGAGCGGUGAUGGAAUCAUUGAAGGACUUGGAAGUGCAAAGUCUUGAGAAUAAAGAAGCUCCAGAGAAGAGAGUUUACGGAAACAAUGCUUUUCGAACCGCACAACAAUCCCUCCUUUCAACUCAAGCGAACCAACCAGAGACUGAUUCUGGUUCCGGGGAUGCAUUACCAUCUUCUUCCGAGUCCAGUGCACCAAGUGAGACGCCUGCUUCUUCUCUACCUGUGUCUGGCUCUUCGAGCGAGAAGGUAAACGAGACAGGUGACAUGUCAGCGGUUGCAAAGCCCACGGUGACAGUUGAACGUAGUAGUAGUAGUAGUAAAUGGGAUUUCAACUUCUUCAAAAACAGCAAAUAAUUCCAGUUAUUGAGUUUGGUUUUGGAACUGGGUGAAGUCAAUGCAAAUGCAUAUAUAUCCAAAAAAAUAGUUGGUUUCUUUUUCAAAGAUUUGUUCAUGAUAGGUUAACAUUCUUUGUCUUUGGUUAUGGUUUUCAUCCAAAUGUUUGUAUUCUUGGGUCUGCACCUUUGUUCAUUCCAAGUAUUUGCUUAAGUUUACUUCAUAUGAUGAUUCAAUUAUAUUUUUGCAUUGUA